GUGACGUACCCACAUGGGCGACGGUUGACAGCUGAACAACAAAUGCGCCUGAAAUGGGCUUUUUACCAACAUAACAAGCAUUUUAAACAGUUAAAGCCUGAUUGUUUUUUUUACAUCAGCAUGAACUGCAACUGUCCUUGACCUUAUUAGACUUGUACGGUCAGUUUUUUGCGGACUUCAGGCUGUUUUACAGACAUCAUCAUGUCGUUUCUGGUGGACUCAGUCAUCAUGUUCACCUCACAGGUGCUGUUCUUUGGAUUUGGCUGGUUGUUCUUUAUGCGGCAGCUGUUUAAAGAUUAUGAGGUGCGACAGUACGUUGUCCAGGUGGUUUUCUCUGUUACGUUUGCAUUUUCAUGUACCAUGUUUGAGCUCAUCAUCUUUGAGAUUCUGGGUGCCUUAAGUAGUAGUUCUAGGUAUUUCCACUGGAAGCUGAAUUUGUAUGUCAUACUGCUGGUUCUAAUCUUUGUGGUGCCUUUCUAUAUUGGUUACUUUGUUGUCAGCAACAUACGCCUGUUGCAUAGACAGAGGCUUCUGUUCUCUUGUAUGGUGUGGUUUACCUUCAUGUAUUUUUUCUGGAAGCUGGGAGACCCAUUCCCCAUCUUGAGUCCAAAACAUGGCAUCCUGUCCAUUGAGCAGCUAAUCAGUCGUGUUGGUGUGAUCGGAGUCACACUCAUGGCUCUGUUGUCUGGAUUUGGUGCGGUCAACUGUCCCUACACGUACAUGUCCUAUUUCCUCAGAAACGUAACAGACAGUGACAUCCUUGCUCUGGAGAGGCGGCUGCUCCAGACUAUGGACAUGAUUGUCAGCAAGAAGAAACGGAUCGCUAUGACAAGGAGGCAGAUGUACCAGCGUGGGGAAGACCAGAACAAACAGACAGGAUUCUGGGGCAUGAUCAAGAGUGUAACCUCCACACAAACAGGCAGUGAAAACCUCUCUCAAAUCCAGCAGGAGGUUGAUGCCCUAGAGGAACUGAGUCGACAACUCUUUCUUGAGACUGUGGACCUGCAAGCCACCAAGGAGCGAAUUGAGUACUCAAAGACAUUCCAGGGGAAAUACUUCAACUUCCUCGGCUACUUCUUUUCCAUCUAUUGUGUUUGGAAAAUCUUCAUGGCCACUAUAAACAUUGUGUUUGAUCGAGUUGGAAAGACGGACCCAGUGACGAGGGGUAUUGAAAUUACAGUGAACUACUUGGGCAUCCAGUUCGAUGUAAAGUUUUGGUCCCAACACAUCUCUUUCAUCUUGGUGGGAAUAAUUAUCGUUACAUCCAUUCGUGGCUUACUCAUCACCCUCACUAAGUUCUUCUAUGCAAUAUCAAGUAACAAGUCCUCAAAUGUCAUCGUGCUUGUCCUCGCUCAAAUCAUGGGGAUGUAUUUUGUAUCAUCCGUAUUGCUGAUGCGCAUGAGCAUGCCGCUGGAGUAUCGCUCCAUUGUGACGGAGGUUCUGGGAGAGCUGCAGUUCAACUUCUACCACCGUUGGUUUGAUGUCAUCUUCCUGGUCAGCGCCCUGUCCAGCAUCCUCUUCCUUUAUCUCGCCCACAAGCAGGCACCAGAGAAAAACAUGACCCUCUGAUUCCCUGCAUAUCUGACUCCUGACCCCUGAGGUGACUUUGAAUAUGGAAUUUAGGGAUUUUUUUUUUUUUUUCCCUUUUAAAUAUACAAGACAUAAUUAUCUGGACUGCCUGUUCCUGAAUCAGGAAUGGCUGAUGGUUGAGUGCAAGUGAUGGGGGACUAUUAGAGCACAUGAGGAACAACUUUGAAGUGGAUUCUCCUGAAUUUAAGUAUGUACAGAACAAUCAUUACUCUUAGGAAUUUAAUUUUACCUGCAAACUCAAACACUCUGUUCUCUGUGCUCUUCAAUUGUCAUUAUUUUGGCCAAAAUGAUCUUUACUUUCUUUUGUCUGAACACACUGGAGCUGUACUGUCCAAGGCACAUCUCUGCUGCACUCCCACUGAGGUGUAAAUGGACUAUAUGAAGGAAAAAUCAAGAUGUCAUUAAUGAUCUCCAUCCUGAAGCAGCUGUUAUUUUAACAAAAUAUGUCAUUUAAUUUGGAAGAAAAACAAAUACCCAUAAAGUAAGCUUAAUUCAGAUAUUAUGUGUUCAUUUAUUUGUGUUCAUGGAAUUUUUCAAUCGUUUACUUUUAUUUAGAAAUGGG